AUGGCCUCGUCGAGUUCUAGUUCUUCCCAGGCCAACAGGCCGCCGACCGCCGGCAAGCCCGACCGCUUGUACGUCGGCAACCUCUCCCAGACCGUCGACGAGUACACCCUCCUCCAGGUCUUUGGCAAGUAUGGCAAGAUCACCCGCCUCGAUGUCAUGUACCACAAGACCGGGCCGCAGAAGGGCAAGCCGAGAGGAUACGCCUUUGUCGAGUUUUCCAACAAAGACCUGCACGACCGUCUGCUCCGGGGCAAGAAGCUGAUCGUGACGUACGCCUCAGCAGCGCCAGCAGAGGACUUCCUCGGCCCGAAAGUGCGCCGCAUAGAUGCGCCAAAGCCAACGGCUCUGUCGCUCCUGAAGACGUCGAAGAAGCCGCAAAGCGCAGCAGAUCGCGGCGAUGGAGGCGAAAUUGGCCCAGCUUCAGAAACGACCUGGCCGCUCGCCAUCUCCGCCGAGACAAAUCACCGCAACGGAGGCGGCGGAUGCGGCGAAUGCGCUCGAGGCAGAGAUCCAGCGGGAGCUGCUGGCUGGAGACGGCGCGACGUCCGGGUCCUCGACGCCGGCAAAGGAGGAGCGGACAUCUCGCUCGGCCUCGCCGCGAAAGCCCUCCGAGCCCUCUGA